CGCCUGAGUGUGUCAGAGUGUGUGUGUAACUGUGCGUAUGGAGAGCAAAUCGAGCUAUGUACAGUCAGUUGUAAACCCUGUCAGUGAGGUGGCAGCCCUGUAACGCAUAGACACGCAUUUACACACACUUGUACGGACAUUUGUGUAAUAGCUGUGAGUUUAGAUGAAGAAAGCAUGACAACAAGAGGACGUGGUGGACACUGAUCGACUAUAUUGAGGAUUUGAGCAAGAGGCGCCUGUGCAAGGCGAGAGUAAGUUGGGACUGUGGUUGCAGUGAAAUAGCAACAAAGAACCAGGAGCGCGCAUUCAUGGGACGCGACUUUGACAGCUCCUUGUUUCUUCUGGCCUAACUUUGUUUUAUCAAGCGGAGGGUCUGUGACAGAGCAAUGGCUGAAGCAGCGCUGCACGACCCUCUCCAGGACUUGGACGUUGCCAUUGAUCCGGAUUUCGAGCCCCAGAAACGGCCACGGUCUUGCACCUGGCCGCUGCCCAGACCAGACUCGAGUGCGGUGAAACCAGAGAAUAACGACAUCAUCCCCGAGGAAGAGGAUGAUGAGGAGGACCGAACAACCCCGACAGCUAUCGACUCUGGUGCCCCCACGGAGGACCAGGGCAGCAGCAGUCCCGUGGCCGAUGGGGCGCUCUCCUCCCCGGGUCAUGACAGUGGAGGUUCCCCGCUCAGCUCACACUCCCCCUCGGCCACAUCUGGCGCCUUGACCCCCAGCGCUUUGACCACUCCGAGAAAAGCGUCGUCGCGCAGAAACGCCUGGGGUAACCUUUCCUACGCUGACCUCAUCACCAAAGCCAUUGAGAGCGCGCCGGACAAGAGACUGACACUGUCCCAGAUUUACGACUGGAUGGUCAGAUCUAUCCCAUACUUCAAAGACAAAGGCGACAGUAACAGCUCUGCAGGAUGGAAGAACUCCAUCCGGCACAACCUGUCUCUGCACAGCCGCUUCAUCCGGGUGCAGAAUGAAGGCACAGGCAAGAGCUCCUGGUGGAUGAUCAACCCUGAGGGAGGGAAAGGAGGCAAGGCUCCACGCCGCCGAGCCGUGUCUAUGGACAACAGCAACAAAUACACCAAGUCAGCUCGUGGCCGCGCCGCUAAGAAGAAGGCUGCCCUCCAGGCCGCGGCUGCAGCGGGAGAGGGCGGAGACAGUCCCUCAGGCCUGUCCCGUUGGCCCGGAAGUCCUACGUCACGCAGCACAGAGGAGCUGGACACCUGGACUGACUUUCGCUCCCGCACAAACUCCAACGCCAGCACCAUCAGCGGCCGCCUGACGCCCAUACUGGCCAACCCCGAGCUGGACCAGGUCCCAGACGACGAGCCCCCUCUGUCGCCUAUGCUCUACAGUCCUGGCAGGACGUUGUCGCCUGGAAACAGCACAGCCAAUGGGAAACCAGCUCCAACAGAGUUGCCCCGGCUCGCAGAUCUAGCAGGUACCAUGAAUUUGAACGAUGGACUCACAGAUGACAUAAUGAAUGAGCUAUUGGAAAACAUCAACAUGGUGCCAAGCACUACAGGACAGCCCCCAAAUGGAUCCUCAGGCUUCAGCUUUGGCUCUAAACCAAAUGGACUCGUCUCUUCCUCCACCACUUCGCCUGCUCCUAACCCAUCUACUAAUGGCAGCAAUGGUUUCAGUAACUCCAUCUUUGGCCCGCCCUCCACAGGGUCCACUCUGCGUCCCUCUCCCAUGCAGACCAUCCAGGAGAACAAGCAAACGUCCUUCUCCAUCACCUCUCAUUUUGGCAGCCAAACAUUGCAGGACCUGCUCAACUCGGACAGCCAUAACCACAGUGAUGUGAUGAUGACUCAGUCCGACCCACUCAUGUCCCAGGCUGGUGCUGCAGCUGUAAUGUCCCGCCGUGGCCUUAUCCUCCGCAACGACCCCGUCAUGACCUUUGGCACCACUGGGGUUCACAACGUCCAGGGGCACAGUAACAACCAGAACGCACUCCGGCCUGUAAAUGGUCUGACUCUGAACAAUGAAGCUAACAUGCUGGCUAAUGCCAAGCAGCUCCUGAACUCUCCUCUAGGGGGCAAUGGCUCAUCCUCCAUGCAAAUCGACACCUCCAUUUUCAUGAAUGGGACAGUUACUAACGGAGCCCCUCUGAACCAGGACCGCUUCCCCACUGACCUGGACCUGGACAUGUUCAAUGGGACUUUAGAGUGUGAUAUGGACUCUAUCAUCAGGAGCGAGCUGAUGGACGCAGACGGACUGGACUUUAACUUUGACUCUUUGGUCAACUUCACCAGCAACAAGCAGACAUCCCAGAGCUGGGUCCCUGGCUGAGCAAGGGUCAGGCACCAAGCACAGCAGGUCUGAACUGUAUGGACGAUCAUUACCUACACCCUUUUUGCCAAACCUGCCAUCAGCACAAACAAAAUAAGCCUGUUUACAGACACUCAAUGCUGAAGAUCAGCCUCCAAACCUCCUGUGAAACUACACUUAGAAACAAACUGACAAUGACAGAGUUAUGCAAUUUCUCAGUCCUGUUCUGUUGUAAUCCAAGGCGUUUCAGGUGGAUUGAAGUGAAGAGGAGAGACCUUACAGUUGUUCCCAAUGAAGAUUCAAGUUUAAAAUGGAGAAGUGUUGUGUUGGACAAAAGAAGACUCUCCCUGUGUUUUUAUCCUUGUGAUUUUAAAUGUGCAGUGUUUUGUUUGAUAAACGUUUUCUGUUUUAUCAUUAUUUGGCAUCAUACCUAUCUGUACAAAAUGAAAAAAAAAAAUUAUUGGUGAAAAGAAAAGAUGGCAGUGGAGCUAUUUUGUUUAAUGCACAUAACAAUCUAUAUACAUAAGAGUGGUGGUAACAGCAUUAGGAUGUAAAAUGCACUUCAAAUUUAGCGCUUAUAUACUGCUGCAUCCUAAGAGUAUACUUAAAUUUGCUUAAACAUCUUUUUUUAUUUGUUAGGGGAAAAUAACUGUAAAAUUGUCCAAAAUACUGGAGUUAUAUAAAUGCAUAUUUGUACAGAGCAAAUCAGGAAGGAAAAACUAUCUUUGUUUUAUGAGAUUUAUGAUUACAGCAUAUGAUGUAGCCAAAAUAAAUAGCUGUUCUUUGGGUUUGUGAACAUUUCCACAACAGGUGCUACUAUGUAAACAGUGUUGACUCCUGUCCUAAAGCAUAAACCAUUUGAAAUCAGUUUAUUUUCAGUCCAGCCAUGACCGCUGCAGCAGCCAGAUGCAAAGGUCAAAGGGCACAUGGAUUUUUAGGCUCAUUCCUUAAGAAGCCAUUUUUCUCAAGUUCAUAAUAUGUCAAUAAGCUACUACUAUGUCUCUGUAUAUUGCCAAAUUACUUGAAAAUUAACAGUAGGAUCUGCUGGCAGCCAAAUCACAUAUACACACAUGCACACUGUUUGACUUGAUUUCCUUGUGUUACUAUCAAUCUACCAAGUUGUUGCAUGGAAAACUGUCAACUUUUUAUGAUGUAAUAAGUCAAUAAGUUGUUGUUUUUGUUUUUUUUUACAUCAUACAUUUUUGGAGAAGAAAGUCUGAAAUACAACUGGAUUGUUAGGAGAGAUUAAAGACUAACUGCACUCAAAUAAGAGUUUAUUUUUCAUGUUGAGAUAGUGAUAAGUAUGUUGUAUCAAUAAAUUAAAGUAUACUUUUAGCAUCAAAUCUUAAGUUCAAGGCUCACUUGUUUUCUCAAAGCCUCGAAAGUUCCUCGAUUCUGAGCUGUCAAUCAUCACCACUGAGGACAAAGGCAGUGGGCAGGAUUUACAUGAGUUCAAGUAAACAGAACUGAGACAUAAUCCCAAAAUCUGCGUUCCUUUCCUUGUUCACUUCCUUUAAGGUGCAAACUUAUGAUGUCAUCCUAAGGUGAUGGGUUUUUUGUGGAGAGAUUUUCCAAUCCAAAAUAAAAUGCAAGCAAAGUCACAAGGAAAUCAAAUGCACUUUUAUAUACAAACACACAUACACACUGACAUAUGAAAACACGUACCAGGGAUCUGUGUUAAGCUCUGCUGUUUUUACAUCUUGUGGGGCCUGUUAUGCAUUAUAAAAACUCAGGGGGGUUGAAGCAAAUCUUGUGGUCUUUGAAACAGACAAAUGCUGUGUGUUGUGAACUUGUAACCUGUGAACAUGACGAAGAGAGAGGAGCAUCAAGUUUUAUUUUGUGACUUUGGUUUCUCCUCCUUCCUAUAUUUUGUCUAUCUUCUUCGAAUAACCCGUCUAUUUCCCUCCACGACGCAUACAGCACGUUAGCCUGUAUGCAUGUAUGUAUUUAUACAUUAUGAUUUGUGUAAAAAUGCAUAUACUCGCUUGCUGUUUCGUCCAUGUAAAUCUGUAUUGUACUUGAGACCCGUUUUUGAGUUUUGUAAUACCUCUGAAGGGAUAGGUGAAGAGUUAUGUUACACCUGUAUUGUAGGAGGGAACACUGUUACUACCAGCCUUGUGAAAAAAAAUGGUGGGAAAAAAAACACCAAUGUUGUAGCAUCUGGAGACCCUCGUGCCACAGAGGGUCCGCCCUUGUUGUGUAUAAUAGUGUACAGAUGUGUGAAUAGUACUUUGAAACCAGGCUUACAGAGGAGUGCAUGGUUGGCGAGGGAUGAAUAGCUACCGUGCGUUAUGAGGUUUAGUGCAUGACGAAAAAUUGCCAUGGUGCCGUCCCUUUAAGUUUUCAGGAAAAUCUGUCUUUUCUUCUACCAAAAAAACACACUCUCCAAUAUUACUUGUUAAAAGGUGAAAAUAAAAAUUUCUCAUUUUUAGUUUUUGGCACCAGACAUUUCAAAGCCACUCUCUAACUUUACAUGUUGUAUUAUGCUAUAUGUUCUAUACUGAGUACUGGCUAGCAUCACCAAAACACUGAACCAGGGAAAUGCAAGCAAAAAUCUAGUCAUCAAUACAAAGAAUUGGGUGAACGAGCAGAUCUUAUUUUAUCAAAUCAAACCAUAUUUUGUCAGUACUUACUACAGGAAUAAUCACUUUUAUAUUAGAGGGUCUGCUGUCAACUUCUUUUAGUUUUAUAAUCUAGGGACUAUAAUCACAGGUUGAUUCAUGUAUAAUACGUGUAAAAUAUCUUUUCUUUGUUGGGAGAUAAUUUACACUUCUACACCACAACUGCUUUAUACCGGCACAGUUUCACAAAGUUUCAAAAUAUGCAAAACAAGCAAAAACUGACAAGAUAUACCACUAGAUACCUUAAUCACCUCCUUUUGUCCACUUCUUGUAAAAAAAAUCCUAAGGCCAGCUUUAACUUCAUCCUUUGCCCUUCGAACUUUACACUUUAUAAUGAAUCUUGCUUCUUCUCGACUUGAUGUUAGUGAGUAUUUUUCCUGUGUAUUCCAUUUUUAAUUGUAAUCUAGUUUGUAUAAGAAAUGGUGCGCAUGUAAAUAAAGCUUGGUGAGGCUCCAUACA